UCAAGAUAAAACUUGGAUAUAAAAACCAAAGAGAUUUUGAUUCGGAUCAAUAUUCAGGAACAAGCAACAGAUUCAAUAACAAGCAAGCGAGCUAAGAGUACCAGGCAAAUAACCAAAUCUGAGAGUUAGAGAGGGGCCCAAAAGUCGAGAUGGUAUCGAAAGUUUUGGUUUUCUCCCUGGCUGUCUCCUGCAGUGUGGCCUUUCCACGAAAUAUCAAUCAGUAUGAUUACUUCAAAUGUCCUAAUGUCAUGCAAGCUCAUCACUUAACUCGAGGUUUCCCUGGCGUGGUUGCUCACGGAUUACAUUCUAUCUCCUUGGAAGACCUUCAAUACUACUUUGACGCCUCAGCGUCCAAAGACAACCACGUGCCCACAAUCAACCUGGAUUUGGUCUCCGAGCAUGCAGUUUUGGGCUAUGCUCCAUCUGUGUGCCUGGAUCAUCCAUUUCCCUCCCAGUUUAUGAGAGCGGUGGAUCAGGUUCUUUCCCACAUGGAUGAUCCCAACUAUGACGUCAAGAAGUACAGCACAUUUGAACGAUUGGUUCAUGUCAUGCACAUGAAUGAGAUGUGGAAAAUGGCCAAGCCUCAUUACGAUAAACUUGUCGCGAACCCACCGAAAGAUCCUAGGAUUUGUCCCUGCGUCAACGAUGUUGAGAACAAUGGAAUCCUUGACAUGUUGAACUUCAUGGCCUUGAAGAUAAGGGAACCCGAACUCAUGUAUGGGCACCAUCUUACCCGUUAUGAAGGCUCUGACCGAUUGAAAUUGGUCAAGGACGACGACUAGGAGGCUUUGGAAGAUAAGGACAAGCUUGAUUGGCACGACAUUGAUUACUACUUUGGCAAGGACGGUCACCAGUCAAAUCAGAAACCCAUCAAAGAGAAUAUGGAUUGGGAAAACAAUGUCUACAAAUUCCCUUCUCCGACACAUCAAGAGAAGUUGGAUUGGCAUGACAUUGACUACUAUUUUGGCAAGGAUGGUCAAGAAAAGGCUCAAGAGACAUCCAAAGAAAAACUGGAUUGGGAAGGCAAUCUGUACCAAUUUGACUUCAAGAAUGAUGAUGAUGAUGAUGACGACAAGGACACCAAAACACAUUCCAAAAAGGCUCCCGAGGAGAAUUUGGAUUGGGAAGGCAAUCUGUACCAAUUUGACUUCAAGAAUGAUGAUGAUGAUGACGACAAGGACACCAAAACACAUUCCAAAAAGGCUCCCGAGGAGAAUUUGGAUUGGGAAGGCAAUCUGUACCAAUUUGACUUCAAGAAUGAUGAUGAUGAUGACGACAAGGACACCAAAACACAUUCCAAAAAGGCUCCCGAGGAGAAUUUGGAUUGGGAAGGCAAUCUGUAUCAAUUUGACUUCAACAAAAACGAACCAAAUCCACCCACAAACCCUCAUGAGAAGCUCGAUUGGCACGACAUCGAUUACUAUUUCGGUAAGGAUGGACAAAAGAACACCCAAAAGAGCAUUCAAAAGCGAUCAGUGGAUUCAGAUGAGCCCACACGAGACAACUUUGCCAAACAGAAGGGCAUGCCCAAACUGAGCAGUGAAACAGCUUGGAAAUAUUGGAAAAAUGAGAUCUCUGGAAUGGAGGAGAUCAGCGACUAUGAACUCGCCAUGUUCUUGUAUUGUGCUCUGAAUCACAAUUGAGUCUGGCAAACACAUACGAGAGGCGCCUUGCCUUCUACCUAUUGCCAUUACCAAAGCUAAGCAUGAUGUUCUUUCCAAAGACUUUUAUUUAAAGUUAUUCAACACUGAAUUGCAAAUGUUUCAAAUAUGCCUGUCAAAUAAAUACUAGUUGAAAAACA